GGAGCAGCUUCUCCUGCCCCGAUCCUAUCGCGGGCGGCGCAGGGCAGUCUGGGCCCUCCGUGGGAUGAGGAGUGGGGGUGAUGUGUCACCCAAAUACCAGCCGGUGAGUAGUCGCCGAACCAGCCGGGCAGGUCCGGCGGAGUAUAAGAGCGGGAAGGAGCGGCCAGGAGGCAGACGCCUGCAGACUGUCCUGGUAGCCGGAGUCAGAGCCAGCGGAGCCCCUGCGCCUAAUCCUCCAGUGCCCCGUCCGCGCUCUUCCGCCCCACUAUGGCCAGGGGCCCCGGCCUCGCGCCGCCUCCGCUGCUGGCACUGCUGGUGCUGGCGGCCGUGUCUGGCUACGCUGUCGCGCAGUACAACUGCACAUGCCCCACCAACAAGAUGACCGUGUGCUCCCAGGAUGGCCCUGGGGGCCGCUGCCAAUGCCGCGCGCUCGGCUCGGGCGUGGUGGUCGACUGCUCCAAGCUGACUUCCAAGUGCCUGCUGCUCAAGGCCCGCAUGAGUGUCCCGAAGAGCGGUCGUCGACUGGUGCGGCCGAACGAGCACGCGAUCGUGGACAAUGAUGGCCUCUACGACCCCGAAUGUGACCACGAGGGCCGCUUCAAGGCGCGCCAGUGCAACCAGACGUCGGUGUGCUGGUGCGUGAACUCGGUGGGUGUGCGCCGUACGGACAAGGGCGACCAGAGCCUGCGCUGCGAUGAGGUGGUGCGUACCCACCACAUCCUCAUUGACUUGCGCCACCGCGCGACAGACCGCGCCUUCAACCACUCCGACCUGGACACCGAGCUGCGGCGGCUCUUCCGCGAGCGCUAUCAGCUGCACCCCAGGUUCCUGACGGCUGUGCACUAUGAAGAACCCACCAUUCAGAUCGAGCUGCGGCAGAACGCCUCGCAGAAAGUCCCCGGCGACGUGGACAUCGCUGAUGCCGCCUACUACUUUGAGAGAGAUAUCAAGGGCGAGUCGCUGUUCACGGGCCCAGGAGGCCUGGACAUGCAGGUGCGCGGUGAGCCCCUGCACGUGGAGCGGACGCUGAUCUAUUACCUGGACGAGAAGCCUCCCCAAUUCUCCAUGAAGCGCCUCACCGCCGGCCUCAUCGCCGUCAUCGUCGUGGUCGUAGUAGCCUUGGUCGCUGGCCUGGUUGUCCUGGUGAUCACCAACCGGAGAAAGUCCGGGAAGUAUAAGAAGGUGGAGAUCAAAGAACUGGGGGAGUUGAGAAAUGAACCCAGCUUGUAGGUACACUGAGGGAAAGGGAGAGGGGUGGGUAUCAGAUUAUCUCAGACCAAACUGAGUCACAAUUCUUGAUUCUUGGCCCAAAGGAGACAUUUCUCUUCCCAAAUCCUUACUGCACCCUCCCUCCUCCACACACACACCGAGUUUGAUAAAUUUGAUAUUUCCUGGUAUCAGGGGACAGCUCUUCCUGACUUCUGUCUUGAAGGAAGCAAUUCUAAAACUUCUUCCCUUUGGUCCAAGGAAAACUAACUCUGGGAAUUAAGGGAAGGAUGGCACUGAGCCACGUGUAAGAAGCAAGUGUCUUACAACCCAGCCUCUUUGCAAGUGAUCAGAUCUAUCUGGAAGCUGUAAAUGAGUUUAGAAGGCAAACAGCUCUUUUACUAUCUUGAGUUUGUUAUUUGAUGAGCUCCCCAGUUAUCAUGGCCCUCCUUAUUAAUUGGGCCUGUGUAGUAUCCUCAUUUACCAUUGUUUGUAUUACCGACCACACAGCUUGUCACUAGGAAAGAAGCCUAUUUCUACUGCCUGCCUGAACACAUUUUAGAUGUCUUAGUUUGAGGGCAGAGACUGCCCCAGAAACAGCUUCGAUUCUCAGCUCUCCCUUAUUACAGCUGAUAUCAGUAAUGUUUUCUUUUGUAAAAUGUUUGUAUAUAUGUCGUCUUUGAUAAUACUGCUGUGAUUUUUUUAAAAAACAUGCAUUUAAUAAAAUAUGGGAAAGGCACAGAUGAAAA